GCCAUCAGUUGGCACAGAGUAGUACCCCGAUCCGUACGAUCCGGGCCCGUGUUUGUGUGUGUGUGAUCCGUACGUCCUCGAUGAUUGAUUGUAACUCCAUGCUAGAGUGUUCUAUUUAUAAACCUCAAUGACAUGACCGUGUAUUAUGCAUUUUGUACCUCACACAGUUACAUAGUGUAGUACAUACUACAAGUACAAGUUACAUCUGACUGUGUACAAAAAACAUGGGUUUUUAUUACCUAUCUACGCGGUCUCCAAGAAUAUACAUUUAAAAUAGUUCAGCUUGUAAACUUGGACCAGGGACUAUUUAGACAUAGCAUGGCGGUGACCAUAGAAGACUACCGGCGUGCUGAGGCAGACCUUAUUGUUACUGCUCGCUUACAACGCCAUCUUGAACAAGAAAAUCCCUCAAAGAAAGCAAAAUCAGAAGACGUAGAUCUUCAAGAAAAGGGUGGCUCUGAGACGGCAAGUUACCAUUCUGAUGACUCGGCCGAAGACAGUAACAAAAGUUUUACUUAUAAUGAGAUAAUUCGAUGUCAGAUUUGCGGUGACAAAGCGUCAGGAAUGCAUUAUGGCGUUUAUUCUUGCGAGGGAUGUAAGGGAUUUUACCGGCGGACCCAGCGUAUGAAGUUGAAGUACAAACCUUGCCCGUAUUGGGAAAGUAAACCUUGCGAUAUUAACAUCAAAUCUCGUAAUAAAUGUCAGUACUGCCGAUUCCAGAAAUGUGUAUCUCUUGGCAUGUCUACUGGAGCCGUCCGCAUGGGUCGAGUCCCCCGCGCCGAAAAGGAAAAACUUAUUCACGAUCUGGAACUAAUUAAAGACAACUCUCUGCUCUCCGAGACUGAUGAAGAGCGCCAUCAUCGGCAAUUUGUGGACAGAAUUUAUGAGAGCUACGCUGGAAUUUUCGAGUGCGAGAAAUCCACGGAGGAAGUUGAAGGUUUUCGGAAGUAUGUUCAUCAGGACAUGGAUGUGACAUUCCCAACGGGUGUUGUCUUCACCGUCAAACCACUCGGCAUCUCGGAGGAGCAGCUCAACGGUAAACCCAGAGAGCUGACCAACCCUUUCCAUAUCAGCCGGCACAUCUCAUGCGCAUCUGAAAUCGGUAUCCACAAGACGGCCAUCUUCCUGAAGAAGAUUUCCGACUUCCGAGCCCUGGGGGCCAACGAUCAGCUGAUCCUCUUCAAGGAAUCUUGCUUUGAAAUUGCACUGAUGAGCAAUGCUGAGAGGUACUACCAAGGGGUGCUACAUUUCCCAGAGGAUAAUACCUUCGUCCAUGAGCACAGAAUGGAGGUAAUUCUAUCCAGGAUGGAUAUCCAACGACCCAAGAUCAAGUACUUCGUUAAACUUAACACAUUGAAACUCAACGGACGAGAAAAGGCUCUCUUUACAAUGCUUAUACUUGCUGCACCAGACCGAGAAGAUUUGGAGAACAAGACAGCUGUGGAAUUAUUCCAGAACCAGUUAGUCACCGCUUUUGCCAAGGAGCUAGCCAAGAACCACCCAAACAAGAAGAACUUGUUAGCGAAUACCAUUAAUCUGCUUACACUACUUCGUGACGUCAUGCCAGAACAGAUCAGUAAACUGAACGCAAUCAUCAAAAUGUUUGACGGAAAGUUACCGGUACAGCCAAGUCCACUAAUGAAAGAAGUGUAUCGUCUCACGUGAGGGCGGGCUUCCUGUUUUGUAUAGAUUAUUAAAGUUGCUACUAAUAACGAUUUUCAAAGGGAUUAUCGGUUUUUAGAACCGUGUCUAUAGGUUUCCCUAUUAACCGUUUCCUUUGUGUUUCGGAAUGGGGGCAAAGUUAUAUUCAUAAAGUAGUGUUCCAACUGCCAGCACGCUAUAUUUUGCAAGCAUAAGUGUUAUGUCAAACUAAAGGCAUCAUUUAUAUCGCAUCGGUGUACUUAUUGCCACCUGAGCCUUGUGUCACCCCGUUGCUUAAAUGCACUGGACACUAUUGGUAAUUUCUCAAAAUAAUUGGUAGCAUAGAUCUUACUUGGUAACGAGGAUGU